AAGAAGUUGUGAAGAUGAUAGACGAGAUCAAGGCUCACCCAACUUACGGAUCCACCCUACCGGUAGAAGAUACUGACAGAAAACUGGUCAGUUGUGAUGAUCUGCUAGAGGAGUUAGCCCGGAACCGGAGUUGGAAGUACACAGCUCUGCUAAUGUCACUGAUGUUGGUAUGGUUGGGAGGGACUUCGAAUGUUUUUAUAACUGAAUUCGCAGGUAUUGAUCCAACCCCCGACGACACUUGGAAAUGCAAAUCCAUAAAGUGCUUUAAUUUGACAAGAGCCAAUCCAUCAUUACUACACAAAUUUCCUUGCGAAAUUACCAACGAAGUGGAUGGUAAAAAAGAACUUAUCCUUGGAUCUUCUGACAUAGAAUGGAGUCUUGAACAUUCCUCAUUUUCUGCGGAGUUUGAUUUGUACUGCGAUGUCGGAUUCCGGAAGGCACGAAAAACCUUGUUAAUGUCAAUUUUAUUUGCUGGAGGAUUGUCAGGAUUUAUUCUAGGUGGUUACUUGUUUGAUAGAAUUGGGAGAAAGAAUACAGCAAUAAUUGGUAUGUUCAUCGUGACUUUCUCGCUUUUAAUGGGAACAUUUUGUCAUAACUACGCCUCACUUUUAGCAGUUAGGUUCUUCGUGGGCGUUGGUAAUAUCUUACAGUCCGAUGGAAUGUACCUUCUAACAGCGGAGCUUGUUCCAUCAAAACACAGACACAUCAUAAACGGUUGGGCAGGGUGUUUGGGUUCAUUUGGUUACGUACCUUUAGUAGGAAUUGGCUACUUCGUAAUAAGCUGGAACAACAUGUUUUUAGCAGCGUCCAUAGUCAUGGUGCUCACAUCAUUACAAAUUUUUAUCUGUCCAGAAUCACCCAGAUACUAUUUGAUAAAAAAUGAUGUGGAGGCAGCCAAGAAAUCCUUCAAAGCCUUGGCGAAAUUGAACAAUAUGGACCUGGAUCUAGAAAACAUCCAAAUAAUAGACGCCGGAAAAGCUAAAGAUAGAAACCAUAAUGUCAGGCAGCAACUGACCGAAUUUAUCCGGUACCCAAGUCUUCUGCUUGAAACUUCAAUCCUUAUGGUCAUUUGGCCGUCCAUUGCGAUGUUUUCUUAUGGCUUUGGCUUCGGUUGGGGAGAUAUCCUUCCAGAUAGGUACUUAGGGUACAUUAUGGCUGGUGUGGGAGAAAUAAUUUCUUAUUUUAUGUCUGUUUCUUUAAUAGACUGGCAGGGAAGAAGACAUGCCAUGAUAUUUAUGUUUCUAGGGGCCGCUCUGACCUACCUUACAGCGAUACCAAACGUGGAAUUUGGAAGUGGCUGGACACUGGAAAGCGUCAGCUGUUUGAUCGGAGCCAUAUUUGUGAACGGACUCUACUCAGGAAUUUUGCUUUGGACUGGAGAAUUAGCACCAACAACACAUAGGGGUAUCGUGUUCAGCUUUUGUUCUGGUAUUUCUAGAGUUGGCUCCUUCACAGGUCCGUUCUUAUUCAACAAUUUGGCACUCAUCACUUCCAAAGCGGUGGUUCUUGGGAGCCUAGCUUUCAUAUCGGUCUUUUGUAUGAUGGGAUCAUUUCUACUGGUCGAGACUAGAAACAAACCGAUACCGGUCACUGGACAAGACGUUGAAGAAAGGAGAAACGGGAGAAAAAAUUAGAAAUUGUGUUUUAUAAAGUAAAACAUAACAGGACUCGACAGUAUUAAUUUUGAAACUUAAAUUCUCUAUUUUUUAUUGAUCCUUGUAUUGUAACAUUAAAUAUUAUAUCAUUUGGUAUCACUGUAACGUCUGAAUUAGCGUAUAUUUUAACAACCCUUUAACAAAUAAGAGAUUUCAGUUUUUAAUUUAGAUCUCAUAGAUAAGACAGGGAUCGCAAUUUUGUAGCAUAAAAAGAUAAAAGACCUUUGGUUCUUGUAAAAGACUCUGAUCUGAACUAUAGUCAGAUUAUAACUUUUUAUUAUUGCUUAUAC